AUGUCGACAACAGAAAAUUCCGGUGCAGAGCGUCUAACUUCAUCAACACCGUCGAGCCAAGAAGUCUCCGGUAUUUCACUGUCGCUCCGCGUGCCACCAUUCUGGCGUGACCAGCCGCUCCUCUGGUUCUGCAGUUUCGAAGCAGCAACCGCCGAUUUAAAACGAAGCCAGGCCCAGCUCGCCCAGAUGGUCAUCGCACAGCUUGAAAAGCAAGACAUACAAAACAUCGCCGAUCUCAUUUGCUCGCCGCCGGAAGCUGAUUACUACAACGCAAUUAAAGACCGUUUAAUAUCGCUAUACGAAGAGUCUAACAGCGCACAAACGAAGAAACUACUGUCGCAAGUCGAGCUCGGAGACCAGAAACCCAGCCAGCUGAUGAGGCAAAUGAAGCAGCUUAACAAGGAUAAAUUCCCCGAAAGCACCAUCAAAAUGAUGUGGCUCGAGCAUCUGCCGCCACACAUUCGUUCCGUGCUAGCUGUCAGCGAAGCUUUUAAAAUCAAAACGACGCUCGACGACCUUACCUUGCUCGCGGACAAAAUGAUGGAAGUCCACACGCCGUCGCAACACAUCGCCGCCGUCGCAACGCCUUUCACAUCUGUACCAUCGCCACCACCACCUAAUCCGCAACAGCCAACCAUCGACACCCUCAUCGGUGAAAUAAGAAGAUUGUCUUUGGAAGUGGCUGAGCUACGAGCACAACCUCGCGACAAUUACCGCAACAGUCGCUCUCGCCACCGUUACCUAUCACGCUCGCGGAACGCAUCUCCACAUCAUAACGAAAACCGACGAGAGUCGCAAAUGGAAGACCGAAGCCGAAAAAAAUCUCCAAUGCCGUACUGCUACUACCAUCAUCGCUACGGUAUGGACGCGAAGAAAUGCGCACCACCGUGCAGUUUCAAGCCCAUUAACCAGUCGGAAAACUAA